AGUAUCGAUGGAGUUACUUGUUCCAGUUGUCGCAUUUUUAUUGUGUCCUGUGUUCAAAGAAAUGUUCAAACAAAUGUGAAUGGAAAUUGACAGAUAUCCCGGAAUUUUCCAUCAAUGUUUCUGUUGACGUUGGGAGGAAUGUAAUACAAUCGCUCAUUUGCGAAGAAUGUAAUUCACUGUUUUGCAAUUUCAUUUGGUGCCUACGCGUUCUGAAGCUGUGAUGGAAGAUAGUGGAAUAGACAGUGGCGAUCUUAAUGGGGAUCCCAUAUGUAAGCCAAAUGGAAGUGACACAUCUAGUGCUGGUAGUAGCAGAUCGCUACCACGAUUGUCUUCCACGUCUACAUCACGACUUCUGCAGAGAAAACUUGAAGCUCGGAUAGAGCACGCCAAAAGACUACAUCAGGAUUACAAUUCAACACCUGGACUGAUUCCUAUACAGAGGCUUCCUAUACCUGGUGCCAAAGAUCAACAACCACUUGUUCAAUGGGACACUGACGACAGCGAAGAAGAUAUAGUUAAUUUUUUUCCACUUGCAAGAAAGGAAUCGAGGAUACAUCAUGAGUUGACUGACACAUUUAGUAUAGAAGAAAUGAGCAUAUCAGGAGACGACGAAGAAGAAGACCUACAUUUGGUGCCACCAACAACUUUUUAUAAAAAUAUCAAGUGCUGUUCUUCCUCUUGCUGUGCUAUUAUGUGAAAACCAUUGAACAAUGGAGUCGUUGCCAAAGUUAAUUGUUAGGAUUCGUAUAAGUUUAGAGAGCUAUGCAUUCA